CUCAAUUCUUAAGGAGUGUCAAGCAAUGAAAAUUGGUUAUUUUUAACAAUUUAUAAUUCUCUACAUAAUAAAAUAAAGUAUCAUUGAACAGAUUGUGUUAGUAAUUAGAUAGUUUUUAUGUUUUAAAAAACCGUGGCUAAGCGUACUGAAAUUGCGGUGCAAAGAGCCAGAUUUUUUUAGUAUAAACAUCAGAAUCUGGAAAAGGGGGCAAUUCAUACAGAAAUUUCAUUAAGAGUUAAAUGUUGAUGAAAUGAAUGAACCAGUGCGAAAAUCUUAUUUAGAUAUUGUAAAACGUAAUCUUCGAGCAGCAGACCGACUAACAUUCUGUACUCGAUUUAUAUAUUUUGGAGAGUACUAUGAUACAGCAGAAGUUUUUGAAAAGCAAAUGAAGAACAUCAUUAAUCAUCUUAACCAUGAACAUAAUGAUAUCCCAAUUUAUGGAUUAUUACUCGUAUAUCCAAAGUACUUUAUCCAUCUUGUGACAUCUUGUGAGGAAAUGAUUUUUAGGCAUUUCAAAGCGAUAUUUUUAGAUAAAGGAAGCGAAGUGAAAUUGGGAAAAGUCCUACAUUUACCGGUUCAACAUCACAUUUACAGGCCCUAUUUCACACAUUGGUACUCCACAAUAACAAGUCCUCCAGUUCUUUUAGAAAAAUUGGAGAAUACGGAAUUACCAGAAAUCGAAAAACACGUUAGGAAUAUUAUGCUGAAAAUUUACAAGCUCUGUGAAUUUGUAAUAGACGCUAAUUCGAAAACUGGUGAACCUGUUUCACACAUCCUAAAAGAUAUUGAAGAAAAAAAUCCAGAAAAUCUUCCGGAAAGUACAGUUUUAGAAUUUCUGCUAAACUGUAAUUCUCCCGUUCUGGUCGAUAUGAGGCAUUAUUUGAAAAGCUAUGUAGAAAUUCCCGACAUAAAUUUCUAUAAUGAUAGAGUUUGGCCAGUACCUUCCAAAUUUAUGCCAACAAAUAUGUCAUUUAAACCAGAGAAAGGAAAAAAGAAAAAUGAUAGCGAAGAUUGAAGUGUACACUCUCAUUUCUUUCUCUUUUAUUUUUUUAAUAAAUAGAUGAAUCAUUGAGAAAUUAGUUGAUGA